AUGGCAGCGGUCGUCGAAGGGGAAGCCCAUCUUCACGACGUCUGGCCGGAAAACCACGUCAGGUCAAUGGUUGAAACCACAUCAUCCGAAGACGAGCUGCUCUGCUCCGCCUCGACGAUGGAAGAAGCGGAAGAAGCCGCUACGUGGCUCAUCGACGUCGGAUUGGGCAACAUUGUCGACAACCUGAUGGAAAACAAUCAAUUAGUGACGGAAGCCAGCCUGGCCAACGCCGUCAUCGAGGACAAUUUGACAACCAAUCAAUACCAAACCAUCCGCAAAAGAGUGGAGACCCUCCGAGUCACUUUAAAAGGACGUAAAACUCGAGCGGGAGCCGGCCAACAGAGACCCGAUUGCCGGGACAUUUUCCGUGAUCCGGAGGCCAGUCACAGCGGCGGAUCGAGUGGCCGUUCGCGAUCAGCCACCCCUGACUCUUUGGACUCGGACUCGAUGAAACACUCGACGGAGAAUUUAGUGGCAAGUGUAGGAGGAGGAGGACGACUUACCAUCAGUCCGGCCAUCUCACCUAAAACUUGGUCACGCUCCGGCAGCCAGGAAGAUGGCGAGCUUUUAUCCAGUCUCUUUCAAAGCAGCUGUCUGGAUGAAGAUGAUGCGGCGACUAUUUCCAGCAACAACAACAAAAUCUUUCACCUGGAUUCGUUUCUUCCGAUACCCAACACCCACAGAUCAGAGGCUAGGAGGCGGAGUAGUUUCAAUCAAAUCGACGGGAUUAAACAGCAGUCGUUCAAACCGUCCCGCCCGGGAUUUUUCAGUCCAGCGGCCGAAGGUCACGUAGCCGCUGUCGAUAGACAAGGAAUCGAAAUUGUCAAGUUCAAACUGGUCGGAACCCUCUCGUCGGCUUCGGCCUACAGUCAAAGGAGACACAGCGAUCAAUAUGGGGACGUAACACAAUUGAUUCCGGUGACGCAACAGCCAAAAAUUUCUUUAGAGGAGGGACUCACCCAUGCGCAAAAGAGAAAAUUACGUCAACUGGCUCUACUGGAACUGACCGCUUUGUUUGACAAAUACGGGCUGCCCAUGAGGAAACGCAGUCGGCUGCGAGUCCGAAAUUUCACCCAGUCGAGUAGAGAAAGGAACGUCUUUGGCAUACCCCUAAAGAAAUUAGUGGAAAAGGAUCAGGCCAGAACGCCAAUCAUUUUCACAAUGUUGGUUGAAGAGUUGAGGAACCACCGUUUGGAUGAAGAGGGUUUGCUAAGAGUGCCUGGCAACAAACAAAAGAUGUUGGUCAUGCAGAAUGUCAUCGAAAAUCAGUGGAAGAACAACCAUGUAGAUAUCAAAGGGAUGCAAAUAGUCACCCAUAUUUUGAAAAGUUCUGGGUCACACGAAAUUGCUUGCCUGCUGAAAACAUAUUUGAGGCAAUUACCUGAAUCACUCUUUACCCAAGAUUGCUUGGACUUGUUUGCUCAAGUUGGAGAUAUUACCAAUUUUGAUGAUCAAAUAUGGGCUUUGAACCUGCUGAUUGUCCAGCUGCCCGACGUAAAUUGCCAGACCCUUCGACUUUUGCUCAGAUUUCUCAAGGACGUCGUGGAUCACCAAACUCAAAACCGAAUGACAGUUAGCAAUGUGGCCACAGUGAUGGGCCCCAACCUUUUCCCACCCCGAAUAAGCAAAGCAAGUACCAAAACCAACAUGGAAUCGCUAACAGACGGGAUGGCCUAUGCCUCGAAAACCAACCGCAUAACCGAGAUUCUCGUGACCCACCAGGACGAACUCUUCUCCAUUCCGCCGGAAAUGCUGUUGCAAUUAUCUCGUAUCAAAGUCAAAUAGCUUAUUAUAUAUUUCGAUGUUCUAUGAAAGAGUUGCAACAAUUCGUGCAAUAUAACACGUACCCACUUGAACUGUUUAUAAAUGACCAUUGAAAAUUCAGAGACGUGUCCGUGUCCGUGCUGUGGAUUCUGCUGAAUAUUAUUGAAUUUGUUUGUAAAUAAUAUUAAAAACUAAUUCUUUGAAAUUAAUUUUCCGUGUAAAGUUGUGUGUGUUUGCAUCAUUGUGCAUAACUUGUUACAAAAAUAGAACAAAAGUCAACUUA